AUGGAUCUGAAGACCAAUCGACCUUAUGUAUGCCCUGUAGCAUGGUGCCCACGGUCAUACACUCGACAACAACAUCUCAAAAGACACAUGGAAACUGGACAUCAGGAGAAGUCUGAAGAGAAAUUAAAAUGUGACAAAUGUGAAAAAUUAUUUAGCAAUGUUUAUUCUCUGAAGAAACACCACUUCCGAUAUCACGUGCGUAACCGGUACAAGUGUGAACAUUGCUCGCAGACGUUUAAGAAGCAGCAACAUUUGAGUACGCACUCCUUUGUGCAUACUGGUAUCAAACCAUUCAAAUGUGACUUCCCAGGAUGUGAUGUAAGAUGUGAAGCUCCUAGUCGUCUUAAGCGUCACUAUAAGGUUCAUGAAAAAAAUCGCUAUUCUUGCCCUCGAGAAUCUUGCAAAGAAGUAUUUGAUGAAUAUAAGGAACUACAGCACCAUCUGUCUAUUGGUCAUCCUAAAGAGUGUGAUAUUUGCAAGAAAACCUUUCGGCAACUUCGACAGCUUAAAUUACACCGGCUAACUCAUGAAACUGUUAAAGUGGCCCAUUUUUGCCCAUUCGAAACCUGUGAUAAAUAUUUCUACCAAGAAAAAAAUUUAAAUGCACACUUUGCAAGAAUACACGAGCGAACCAAGAUCUACGAGUGUGGCGUGUGCAGCAGACAACUUUCCAGCAAGGUAAAUAUGUUUCACUGCUUGCUGCCCUCUGCCCUGCACACAUUUUUUUUUGAGUAUACUUUUCACAAUACCAUUUAUUACCAACUAUGAAACUAUCUUAGCUUAACUCAGAAAGGGAAAAAGUUGCAAUCAGUUUUCAUCCCAUCUUUUGAGUACAUAAUGAGCUCUUUCCUGAAUCACAUAAUAAUAUUAGCACACAAAUACCAGCAUAUCACUGAAUAAUAACUUUUUUUUUUUCAACAAACUGGCCGUAUCCCACCAAGGCAGGGUGGCCCAAAAAGAAAAACGAAGGUUUUUCUUUUUAAAUUUAAUAAUUUGUACAGGAGAAGGAGUUAUUAGCCCCUUGCUCCCGGCAUUUUAGUCACCUCUUACAACACGCAUGGCUUACGGAGGAAGAAUUCUCUUCCACUUCCCCAUGGAGAUAAGAGGAAAUAAACAAGAACAAGCGCUAGAAAGAAAGUAGAAGAAAACCCAGAGGGGUGUAUAUAUAUAUGCUUGUAUACAUGUAUGUGUAAGAAGAAGUAGCAAGACGUACCUGUAAUCUUGCAUAUUUAUGAGACAGACAAAAGACACCAGCAAUCCUACCAUCAUGUAAAACAAAUACAGGCUUUUAUUUUACACUCACAUGGCAGGACAGUAGUACCUCCCUGAAUAAUAAUAUUAGUACAUAAAUACCAGCACAUCGUCUAAAGGGGACAAGAAGAUACAGACCAGCCAGAGUAUGGAAAACUAAAGAGGGGAGCCAUAACCUCUCUAGAGAAAGUUUUUUUUUUUUCUUAGUGCCAGGAAGGAGACAAGACUGGCAAGAAAUGACAGAAAUAUUACACAGACUGAAAACACUUCUAGAGCAGAGGCACAGUCAUUGGCCUCCACUCCAGAACAACAUAUAUUAGAGCCACCAAAUAAAACCCCCCUAAAUUACAUCAAUAUAAUGACAUUUGUCUUUGCAAACAUACAGGGUCUAAAGCCAUCAACAAAAUUCCUCACAUCAAGGGACUGCUCACGGAGUCAAAUGCAAUGUUUGCAGCUUUCACAGAGACCCGCAUAAAGGAUCAUUUUGACAACAAAAUAUGGAUCCCAGGUUAUGACCUUUUCAGAUGCGACAGACUAAACAGGCAAUGGAUGGGGGGAGGUUGGCUUGUAUGUCACAGAGUUGCUCAUUUGCUGAGAACUACUAAACAUCUCAAAUGAUAUAGUAGUUGAAGUUUUGGCGGUAAAGACAGAAAAGAGAAAGGUUUGGUUUUCAAUGUUCACUUUCAACUUUCUACCUUUACACACAUUUCCAAAUUUGUCCACUAACCUUUGCAAUUUUUCUUUAGAAUCUCCCAUAAGCACAGUAUCAUCAGCAAAAAAUAACUGUGUCACUUCCCAUUUUGUAUUUAAUUCCCCUAAUUUAAUCCCACCCCUCUCCCGAACUCCCUUGCAUUUACUUCUUUUACAACCCCAUCUAUAAAUAUAUUAAACAACCAUGGUGACAUUACACAUCCCUGUCUAAGACCUACUUUUACCGGGAAGUAUUCUCCCUCUCUUCUACACACCCUAACCUGAGCCUCACUAUCCUCAUAAAAGCUCUUUACAGCAUUUAGUAACUUACCACCUGUUCAAUAUACUUGCAACAUCUGCCACAUUGCUCCUCUAUCCACUCUAUCAUAUGCCUUUUCUAAAUCCAUAAAUGCAAUAAAAACUUCCCUACCUUUAUCUAAAUACUGUUCACAUAUAUGCUUCAAUGUAAACACUUGAUCUACACAUCCCCUACCCACUCUGAAGCCUCCUUGCUCGUCCGCAAUUCUACAUUCUGUCUUACCUCUAAUUCUUUCAAUUAUAACCCUACUGUAUACUUUUCCUGGUAUACUCAGUAAACUUAUUCCUCUAUAAUUUCUACAAUCUCUUUUGUCCCCUUUCCCUUUAUAUAAAAGGACUAUACAUGCUCUCCGCCAAUCCCUAGGUACCUUCCCUCUUUCAUACAUUUAUUAAACAAAAGUACCAACCACUCCAACACUAUAUCCCCCCCUGCUUUUAACAUUUCUGUCAUGAUCCCAUCAGUUCCAGCUGCUUUACCCCCUUUCAUUCUACGUAAUGCCUCACGUACCUCCACCACACUUACAUUCUGCUCUUCUUCACUCCUAAAAGAUGGUAUACCUCCCUGGCCAGAGCAUGAAAUUACCGCCUCCCUUUCUUCCUCAACAUUUAAAAGUUCCUCAAAAUAUUCUCGCCAUCUACCUAAUACCUCCCUCUCCCCAUCUUACUAAUCUUUAAUGCAGACUUUAAUCCUUGACUGAAACUGACUUCUAUUAAUGUUGGUAGAAUUACCGACAAUAUGUCAAGUAAAAGGACACAAGUGCAACUAGUGUAACAUUUUAUUGUGGCAACGUUUCGCUCUCCAGGAGCAUACCGACUUGAAAAAGCUCCUGGAGAGUGAAACGUUGCCACAAUAAAAUGUCACAUUAGUUGCACUUGUGUCCUUUUACUGAAACUGACUUAUUUUAUUACACAGACUGAAACACUCUCCAUACUUACUCAUACCCACCCACCACGUUAUAUCUUCUAACAUAA